AUGGCCUCAAUACCAACAACAAGACGAGGGCUCGCCGUCGCCAUGCGGGGAACCGUGAGACCUCGGUCUCUCGAGCAACAAUUUCAGGCACUGCGACUAAACGCUAAGGGUUCUAGGUGCCUGUCCACCCAGUCCUUCCAGACCGCUCCCGAGAUCGAUUCCGUGAAGCUCGAGGGCACGAUUCGAGCCAGACACGCCCGCGCGGUACCAGUAUCGCCAUCCUACUUCUCGCGCACAUCGCGGUUCAACGACAGCUAUCUCGCCCUCGACAAGCUCCUCAGGAUCUACGGAAAUCUCCCCACCAUUCCCGCCAACGCCGUCGAGCGCGUGUCUUGGAAGACCCUGGACGAUUUCAGACAUGCCGUCGGUGAACAGGUCAAGGCAACCGACUAUGUAAAGUGCCUCGCCAUCGUGAAGCGGUUACAUCAGAUUCACCCGAAAAUCAAGCCUGCCCCGGUUAUUCAGGCGUUGAACGACUUCAAGCGGAGUGUCCAGGCCUUCAGCAACGAAACUGUCAAGAAAUCGCUUGAUAAGUACGGGCGGUCUUUGGGCAGCGGCAGGAGGAAAUCGUCUUCGGCCCGGGCUUGGCUUGUGGAGGGCAAUGGGGAGGUUCUGGUCAAUGGCAAGACCCUCGCGGAUUAUUUCGGACGGGUUCAUGAUCGCGAGAGUGCCGUCUGGGCGCUCCAUGCCACUGGUCGCAUGGACAAAUACAAUGUUUGGGCACGCGUGGAAGGAGGCGGUACCACAGGGCAGGCGGAGGCCCUUACUUUGGCCAUUUCAAGAGCUCUCAUGGUUCAUGAGCCUGCUCUGAAACCUGCAUUGAGAAGAGGCAAGUGCUGGCAUGCGUGGCUUCACACUGGUUCCGGUUUUAUGGGAUAUAUGCUGACUGGUGUUUACUGUAGCUGGUUGUGUCACACGCGAUCCAAGAAGGGUGGAGAGAAAGAAGCAUGGCCGCGUGAAGGCGAGAAAGAGACCUGCGUGGGUCAAGAGAUAGAGCGGUUUAGUGGAAGCAUUGAGCUGUCUUGGGUUUCGCAUAACGGAUCGAGCCUGGGCAGGGUGCUGCCCCAGUUUUUCUCUAUAUGUAAGCCUGACUUCUGUAACAACCAAACUACCAACCAUAGAUGCGACUCAAGGGCUUGUUCGCACGGGCACUCCCAUAACUGUACAAUACAAAGCCAUCGGGGCCCUCCGGUUUAUAGAACACAACGUGCCCAGUCAGUCAAGGAGGGAAGGAGAAGGCAUCUAUAA